AUGUCAUCUGCGGCGUCCUCAUCAGACUCUUCUAGCCCACCACAGGUCAAGAGAAAGAGAGUUACCGAAGAAUGCGAUGAUGUAGCGCACGAAACAGACACAGCAGAUAAUGCACCAGUCCCAGAUGACUCUGUCGCGUUGUCUCACGCCGAAAAACGCAGACAGAAGAAAAAAGAGCAGAAAGCUCAAGAUCGGCCGUCGAAAAAGAGAAAGGUAACAGAUGGUUCCGAAGCUGGCGUCUCUACGAAACCCUCGAAGCCUGCUGGUAAUAGCAAGCCGAAGCGUCAGAAUUCGGUCUGGGUAGGCAAUCUAUGGUUCAAUACUACACCGGAUACAUUGCGAGAUUUCUUUGAUGGCGUUGGGGAGAUCACGCGAAUACACAUGCCCACAAAAAAAGGAACAAAAGGAGAGAAUAUGGGCUUUGCCUACGUCGACUUUGCUACGCCAGAUGCCAAAGUCAUAGCAAUAACCCAGUCCGAACGAGAGCUUCACGGUCGGAAUUUGCUGAUCAAAGAUGGAAAUGAUUUUGUGGGCCGUCCCACAAUUACACCACCGGCGGGAACACAAGAGGACGCCAAGGGUCCCUCUGCAGGCAAAUCAGUGAGCGGCUUGACGAAGACUCAACAGAAGAUUCUGCGUGUACAGAAGCAGCCUCCUGCACAAACAUUAUUCCUUGGAAAUCUUGGUUUUUAUACUACUGUGGACUCGAUUCGUGAACUCUUCGAGGCUCAUAGACACCCACAAAAGGCUGGAAAGGGUGUCAAAGCGAAUGACGCCGAGGCUAGUGCCGGGGAGGAUGACAAUGUCACAAAAGAUGUUUGGUUACGAAAGGUCCGUAUGGGAACUUUUGAAGACAGUGGUGCAUGUAAAGGAUUUGCCUUCCUUGACUUUACCAGCACCGAACAUGCAACUGCCGCCCUGCUCAAUCCUCGCAACCACCGUCUCAAUGGUCGAGAUCUAGUUGUAGAAUAUGCCUCUGCUGAUGCAGUCCGUCGAGGCGGCGGUCCAAGAUUACAAAGCGAACACAAAAGUGGUCCUGGCAAAAGACAUGGUGGUCGGCAAUCCGACGCGACUGAGUCACGUCCACGAUCUCAACCACGCCCGGGAACGCGUGGUGAAGAUGAAAAAGAACACAUCCCACAACAAGAUGACGCAGAACCAACACGACGGAAUCAAAAGGAGGGUCCACGACAUAUAAAAGCUGACAGGGUUCGAGGACGCCCGAAACCUGGUGCCGCAUUGGCCCAAGCGCCACGUGAAUCGGCUGCUAUCAUACCCAGCCAAGGUCAGAAGAUUGUCUUCUAG